GCAAAAACAGUGACUAUGGUUUUUAUUGUUGUCACAAAAGUUAGUUACUAACACUUUUAUGACAUUGAUGGUUACAUCGUAAUCAUCGAAACGAAACAUGUAAAAAAAAUCUAGAAAAACACAUUGUCUUUCUAAUAAUCCCUCCUUUGUAUUCUCCAUCAUUCAUUCUCAUUUUCUCAUAUUCCUCACACAUUUUCUUCGAUCUCGUCGCCUUCAACCUUAUAAUCUCACCGACCCACAUAACAAUUUUCAUCAUUCUUUAUAGAUCACACUACCUUUUGAGCUUGGACGAAGGAAAGUUUUGUUUUUUAUUUGUGGGGUUGGUUCCAACAAAAUAAAAAUGGCUUCUUUAUCGGUUCCAUGCCCUAAAUGUCCUUCUCCUUCCAUAUUGGGGUUGAAAUCUAAUAAGAUCUUGUUUGGAAGUGGGUUGAGCUUGAAGCAUUCUCAAUCAUUUGGAUCUUUGUCUGCUGAGUCAGCAUCCUUUGGGAUUAAGUGUCUUAACAGGAAGCAAUUUCCUCUCAAGACUCAAGCACAACGUAACGAGGUCAGUUCGCUUCCAGUCUCUUUCUUUUCUCUUUUGAGAGGGGGACUAGUUACAGCCUAUGAAGCAUUGACACAGACACAAACGCCGGCUGCUGCCGUCGAAAAUUCAAAGUCUGUACCUGUACCGGUCAAUGGACCUACUGUUGCUGCAAUAAAAGAGAAAGAAAACCAAAAUGGAAAUGUCUCUGGUGACUCUGUUGAAGAUGCAUCUUCAGUUUCUGCAUUCAUGACUCAAGUUGCUGACCUUGUAAAACUUGUGGAUUCUAGAGAUAUUGUGGAACUGCAACUGAAGCAAUCAGACUGUGAGCUCUUGAUAAGAAAAACAGAAGCUUUGCAGCCUCCACCGGCCGCAGCCAUGCCUCAACAACCGUUGUACUAUCAAACACUUCCUUCGCCACCACCCCCAGCACCGGCAGCUGCUUCUGCUCCUGCAGGCUCUCCUCCGCCUUCGAAAGCAACACCUGCGUUACCUCCCCCCAAAAGAAGUGCAUCCUCUCAUCCACAGCUGAAAUGUCCAAUGGCAGGAACCUUUUACAGGUGUCCGGGACCUGGUGAACCUCCGUUUGUCAAGGUGGGAGAUAAAGUGCAAAAAGGCCAGGUUGUUUGCAUUAUUGAGGCUAUGAAACUGAUGAAUGAAAUUGAGGCUGAUCAAUCAGGAACAAUAACUGAGAUACUAGUUGAAGAUGGAAAACCGGUCAGCAUAGACCUGCCUCUUUUCGUAAUAGCUCCAUGAGUACCAGAACGGAUCGUAUUUCAAACUCGAUGUGAAUCUUCCAUGUUCGAUAGCAUGGUAUUUGAUGAUUUAUAAUAUCUUCUGUUAUUCAGAAAUUUAUUGAGUGACAUUAGUUGUCUAAUAUAUUAUGAAAUCAUUGGCUUCUUAAGCUUCCACCUCCUCCUUUUAAUUUAUCUAGAAAUAUUUUUAGACACAAAAGCCUCAGCAUAUCAGAAUGGAUAUUGGACUUUGUAGUUCUAAGCAGUUUUGAUAUUUGUAAUAUUAAAUGUUUUCUGCAUUUAGUUUUGGAAGAGUCCCUUUUCCUCUUCAAUGAACAUGCUGGAUGGAUGUUAUGUUCUUGAUGUAGUUUUUAAUAGCAUAUUUAUGUGGCUAAAAAA